GGCUUCGGGGCUGCUGCUGCUGAGAGGCUGCAGAAUAGAGGCUCCGUUGGUUCUGCAGAGAUGGCCAGGAAGGACCUUAGCUCUGGCUGCUUGCCUCAUUUGCAUGUCAUUUGCAUAUUUAAUUUGAAUGCUUAAAUGAAAAGAACAAAGGGAGAAAGAGCCAGAAGCCAGUCUCCUGCUGCAGCCAAGAUGGAGACCCCUCCCAGGGCCCAGUCUGCUAAAGCCAUCAAGCCAAUAGACCAUAAGUCGGUCCACCAGAUCUGUUCGGGGCAAGUAGUGCUGAGUCUAUGCACCGCAGUGAAAGAGCUGGUCGAAAACAGCAUAGAUGCCGGCGCUACUACUAUCGAAGUUAAGCUUAAAGAUUAUGGAGCAGACCUCAUUGAAGUUUCUGAUAAUGGAUGUGGUGUAGAAGAAGAAAACUUUGCCGGCUUAACUCUUAAACAUCAUACAUCUAAGAUACAGGAUUUCUCUGAUCUUACGCAUGUUGAAACGUUUGGCUUUCGAGGGGAAGCUCUGAGUUCCUUGUGUGCUUUAAGCGACGUUUCCAUUUUCACCUGUCACAAGUCAGCAAAGGUUGGGACGCGGCUGGUGUUUGAUCACAAUGGGACAAUUGCCCUGAGAGUCCCUUAUCCCCGGCAACAAGGGACAACAGUCAUUGUGCAGCAGUUGUUCCAUACGUUGCCAGUGCGGCACAAAGAAUUUCAGCGCAACAUUAAAAAGGAGUAUGCAAAAAUGGCUCAGGUGUUGCAAGCAUACUGCAUCGUUUCCACAGGGGUCCGGAUUACCUGCACCAAUCAGGUUGGUCAAGGGAAGAAGCAAACUGUGUUAUGCACCAAUGGGAACCCUGGCAUAAAAGAAAACAUCGGAGCAAUAUUCGGUCAAAAACAGGUGCAAAGCCUGAUUCCUUUUGUGCAGCUGCCUCCUAGUGAUGCCAUCUGUGAGGAAUACGGCUUGAACCUGGCUGAUAUGCCCACAAAGCUUUAUACUAUCACAGGGUUUGUUUCCCGUUGCGAUUCUGGCGUUGGGAGGAGUACCACCGACAGACAGUUCUUCUUUAUUAACCAGCGGCCGUGUGACCCAGCAAAGGUUUCUAAACUUGUGAACGAAGUGUAUCACAUGUACAACAAACACCAGCAUCCAUGUGUUGUUCUGAACAUAUGUGUGGACUCAGAGUCUGUUGACAUCAAUGUAACACCCGACAAAAGGCAAAUAUUUCUGCAAGAAGAAAAGCUUUUACUAGCAAUUCUAAAAACUUCAAUGAUGGGAAUGUUUGGAAGUGAAGUUAACAAACUUGUCCUCAGUCAGAAGCUGAUGGAUGUUGAAGGAAACUUUAAAUCUGGGGUUCAAAAUGAGGCAGAAGCACCUGUCUUGGAAACGCGUGAUUCCUUCUCUCAGGAUCUGGGUGGAAAUGCCAAAAUAGCAAUGACCGUGGCCAGACUUCGGGAGUCAUUUGCUCUCCACCGUAUUAAAAAAGCCACUGGUCCGAAUGCUGAAAAUCCCAAACAGCAAUGCCCUUCCUCCAAACAGCAAAAGCUUCCCAUGUUCUUUAGCGUUUUGGAUUCCCCGGAUCAAAAGACUGCCUCCAACCAAAUGGCCAAGGAUUUAAGCAGGCGAGUCCUUCACAGAAAUGCCACAAAAUCCGCAGAAGAGACCUAUUCCGGUUGCAGAAGUAGUGCCUCCGCAGACUCAGAUCUGGGUUCAAGAGCCCCAGAGAUGGCUAUCUGUCUCAGUUGUGAAAGCGCAGCUAGUUCCCCUGAAGAAGAAUCCCAAGUUCCUGAAGAAGGAAUCCAGAGUGAAUCUUCUUUGGGAACAGAAUGGGACUCAGACCAAAGCCAAAGGAGUGCUUUGUCCCAGCAAUUGCACCCUUCGUCCCCCAAAGUGAAAGGCUUGAAGAUCAGCUCCUCUCUCUCGCAGGGAUCCAGUUCGUGGGAAGAAAAGGAGGCCCAGGACUCUGUGGCUCUUUCUCAAUAUGACAUCCCAGUGGAAAUAGCAAAGAGGACUGUGCCUCUGAGCUUCUCUCUGAGGAUCCUGAGAGAAAGAGUGAAGACGCUGAUCGGGAAGCAAGAGAGGAAGGCUGAAAGGCUGAAGGACAGGAGAUUCAGGGCAAAAAUUAGUCCAGGAGAAAACAAAAGGGCAGAGGAUGAAUUAAGGAAAGAAAUAAGUAAAGAGAUGUUUGCUAAAAUGGAUAUCGUUGGCCAGUUUAAUUUAGGAUUCAUAAUAGCCAAGCUGAACUCGGACCUCUUCAUAAUCGAUCAACAUGCGUCUGAUGAGAAAUACCAUUUUGAGCAAUUGCAAGAGCACUCGGUUCUUCAGGGACAGAAGCUGAUUUCGCCUCAGGAUCUAAAUUUAACUGCUGUAAAUGAAAGUAUCUUAAUAGAAAACCUGGAAAUCUUCAGAAAAAAUGGUUUUGAUUUUGUCAUUGAUGAAGAUGCUCCUGUAACCCAAAGAGUGAAGCUAGUUUCUUUGCCAGUGAGCAAAAACUGGACUUUUGGUCCACAAGAUAUAGAAGAAUUAAUCUUCAUGUUAAGCGAUUGCCCAGGAGUGAUGUGCAGGCCUUCCAGAGUAAGGCAGAUGUUUGCUUCUCGGGCCUGUCGGAAGUCUGUGAUGGUUGGAACAGCACUGAAUGCGAAUGAGAUGAAGAAAGUCAUAGCUCACAUGGGAGAGAUUGAGCAUCCUUGGAACUGUCCCCAUGGAAGACCUACAAUAAGGCAUAUAGCCAACUUGGACCUGAUUUCACAAGAAUAACAAGCUCUUUCUCUUUGGAUUUCAUUGUGAAUGCAACUGUCAUCCUUUGGGAUCCUCUUUGAUCGUGAAACUCUGAAUUCUGACUCAGUGACCGUUUUGUGUUGCCAAAGAAACACUGCGUUAUCAAAUGGGGAGACAGUGGCAAUACUGAGGCACAAAGAUGUUGGCGAAUGAGUUUUGCCUGAUGUCCGUCUUCCUUGCCGUAUUUCAGGCUGCGUCCUCAGAUCUCAAAGUGACAUCCGCAGAGAUUGGAGGUUUUCUUCCCUGGAGCCAGGACUGUCUUGGAGAAAAUAGGAUUUUGCAGAUCUGUGGAUAUAAACUGUAUUCCUUCGCUCAAAGGUUUUCCCCAUUCACAGUUGCUUUCUCCCUUUUGCAUAUGUGAAAAGGAAAGACAAGAAGUGAUAGCGGACAAUGUAGAGGUAUGAGAACAGGAAAGGAUUGUGAGCCAAUAGUGUUUUCUCUGUGGUUCUCCUACAGUCACUUGAUACGUCUUCCGCUUUUUCUCUCUGGUCGGGUGCUUUCAGGCCUAUAUAGCUUCCAUAGGCGCAUUGCUGUGGUAAUGUCCUAUUUCUUUCAUCAGAUAUUCUGGAUAUACAAGGCAUUGCUUGGACAUACAUUCUCACAACUUGAGUGGCCCCAUGUUUUUAUAUGGGAUAAUAUUUUUAAAACGUAGGUGUGUGUUUGUAUAUAUGGACAUAUGUGUGCAUUAAAUAUUUUUAUA